AUGAAUCAGUUUAUCGUUAGUUUCCUAAUUUUGGCGCUGACCACCAGCGCGCUCUCCUCAUCCGUCUCGCCGGAGAAGAGACACUCCGGCGCGGAUGACAGCGCCUCAACACUGGCCUUUGUCUUCGAUGUUACCGGCUCUAUGUACGACGAUCUCAAACAGGUGAUAGAUGGUGCUUCUCGGAUCUUGGAGAGAACCCUGAGCCGCAGAACAAGACCAAUCAAGAACUUCGUGCUGGUUCCUUUCCAUGAUCCAGACAUUGGUCCUGUUUCCAUCACAACUGAUCCCAAGAAGUUCCAGAAGGAUCUUCAAGAGCUGUUUGUUCAGGGUGGAGGGGAUUGUCCAGAGAUGAGCAUUGGGGCCAUCAAGAAGGCUCUGGAGGUCUCUCUACCUGGAUCCUUCAUCUAUGUUUUCACAGAUGCCCGAGCCAAAGAUUAUCGCUUGAAAAGAGAUGUUCUUCAGCUUGUACAGCUCCGACAGUCUCAGGUUGUGUUUGUGCUGACGGGGGACUGUGGGGAUCGGUCUCAGCCGGGAUACAGAGCUUAUGAGGAGAUUGCUGCCACCAGCUCCGGUCAAAUUUUUCACCUGGACAAACAGCAAGUCAAUGAGGUUCUUAAAUGGGUUGAGGAAACUGUCCAGGCUAUGAAGAUCCACCUUCUCUCGUCCGACCAUGAAACUGCCCAGGAGACUCAGUGGGAGGUGUCCUUUGACCCCAGUUUAAAAGAAGUCACCGUGUCAUUGAGUGGUCCAGCACCACAAAUUGAGCUCAGAGACCCUCUUGGUCGCGUAGUUGGAGAGAGACAGGGUCUGACAGAACUGCUCAACAUCCCAAACUCAGCACGGGUGGUCAACCUGAAGAACCCUCGACCAGGACCAUGGACAUUAAAGGUGGGCUGCGGUGGGAGACACACACUUAGAGUAACAGGUGUGAGCAACCUGGACUUCAGGGCAGGUUUUUCUAGUAUACCUGUCACAGAGUUCAGCAGGACCAGAGAGAGACCUAUUAAAGGCGUUCCAGCCCACGUGAUGCUGAAGUGUUCAGGUCUGAAGCCUCCUGGUCUGGUUACCAAUAUGGAGCUAGUAUCUUUAGGGGGCCGCUCUUUGCGUACCAUUCCUGUGCCGUUGCCUGACGAUGGAGGCUCAGGAGGUAUUUGGAGGAUCCCAGAGUUUCGAACACCCUCUCAGAGCUUCUUCCUCAAAGUGUCUGGAAAUGAUGGAGAUGGCUAUAACUUUCAGAGACUGUCUAGUGUGUCAUAUACCAACAUUAUCCCAGAGCCUCCACGAGUGAACAUGCCCACUGUGGUAAGAGGCUUCUACAUGCAGCCUGCUACGAUUGACUGCUCUGUGGAGAGUGACCUGCCCUAUAGGCUGAGAUUCACCAAAGGUGGAAGCACAAUAGGAGAGGAAAGAACCUAUGAGUCUUCAGUUAAAGCAUCAUGGGAAAUUCCCCAUGCCUCAGGCAGUGAUGAAGGAGCAUAUGAAUGUGUGGCCCAGAGUACUGCAGGCAUGGGACGAGCUCUCACGCAACUCACUGUCAGAGAGCCCCCUCCUGUUCUGCAUCCUCCCGUGAAUGUGACGUCAUUCCUGGGAACAGUGGCAGUGCUGUCCUGUCAGGUUCAAGGCUCUGUGCGGCACAACCUGACCUGGUAUCGGACCGGCACUGCUUUAUCAUCCCACUCAGGAAGGGUGAAAGUACUGGCCAAUUCCUCUUUGGAGAUCAGUUGGGUUCGCAGCCAGGACGCCGGACCCUACCAGUGCAGAGCCACAAACGCCCACGGAGAGAGCCAGGCUGUCGUAUGGCUGGUAGUCCUAGAGCCUCCGAGCAUCUCUGUGGCACAGCAGGUGGUGAUGGUCAUUGCUGGUGAAGAUGCCAGUCUGGAAUGUCAGGCUUCUGGCACUCCUCCUCCAUUAGUAAAAUGGCAAAAAGGGGAUCUGGAUCUGGGAACAGUUCCAUUUGCGGAGCAGAAUGUCCAUCGUGGAUCGCUGUGGAUCCGUGGGGUUCAGGAACUGGAUUCUGGAGACUAUACCUGUGUGGCCUCAAACGUUGCCGGGUCUGCCUCUGCUGUGGUCAUACUACAGGUGGGAGCUGCUCCUACGUUCUCCGAGUCUCCCGUGGACAUAACAGCCGGUGUGGGUGAUAACAUUACUCUACCAUGCAUCGCCCGUGGUUUCCCCACACCUUCUCUGACAUGGAGACGCCAGGACGGACGUCCCAUUUUUGGCAAGUCAUCUGGCCACGUCGGCACCUCUCAACUGCCUUCCGGUGCCCUUCAGAUCCAGAGGGAGGGUCUGAGACCAACUGCUGCGAUAGAGGAAAUAGAAGCAGUACAGCUGAGAGCUUCCUCUCUCAGAGAGUGGGCUGAGAGGAGGUCUCCUCACCCCAGGCCCGCUCAGGGGGUUGGGUGGG